UACAUAAAUGAACUGUGGGAAAUCCGCACCAAAUCAAAGAAAAAAAAACACGGUUCGCAUUCGCAUGAUCUUUCUUUCUUUCUUGUGCCGUUUCUCUCUCUGUAACAACAACACGUCCGAUCAUAAAAAGAAAACAUAUGGGUAGGUUGUUUGUUGUAAGUCUUGAAGGGAGCAUCUACAGUUGUAAGCAUUGCAAAACUCAUUUGGGCCUCUCUGAUCACAUCAUCUCUAAGGCUUUCCACUGUCGACAUGGGAAAGCUUAUUUAUUCGAUAAGGUUGUAAAUGUGACAGUUGGAGAGAAAGAAGAACGGAUGAUGAUAACUGGAAUGCAUACUGUUGUUGACAUAUUUUGUGUUGGAUGUGGAUCCAUUGUCGGGUGGAAAUAUGAAUCCGCGCAUGAAAAAAUGCAAAAGUACAAGGAAGGGAAGUUUAUUCUCGAGAGGUUUAAGGUUUUGGGACCUGAUGGGAGCAUGUAUAUGCUUGGGCAAGAGGUUCAGGUUGAUGGAAGUGAUGCAGAUGAUGUUUGAUCCGCUCUCAUGAUCUGCUGCUUAUAACUGUAUAGUCGAAUGUGGUUAGUAGGGGUGGUUAUUUGUUGCUAAUAUUUUUUUUCUAUUUCUGAUAUUUGGUAUGUCUUUGCCUUUGACCAACUGAUAAGACCGUAAGACUGCUGAUUUCUGACCGAAAGGUCACGUGUUCCUAUUACAUGUGUCGUUUUGCGAGAACACAAGGGAAAUAGCAUGUACAGAAUACCUGUUUUAUGAUUUUAGUGGAACUAUAUGGAACCUAGUGCAAA